AUGGUCUUGUGCGUCGGUGGCGUUCAGCUGGUGGCAAGAGGCGGAGCUGUCGAGGGUCGACCCCGCGAGGUGUUUCUUCCACGUGAUUUGCAGCUGGUGACACGCGAAGAGCAAGCAUCCACGCUUUGCCGAAGCGUCCUCGCGCCUGGGCAGUGUUGGCGAAUCUCGGAACAAAAGCACCGAUACAGACAUUCACAAGGAAGCACUGCGGUGCCUGAAAAUGACGAUGAAGCUUGUGUCGUAGAGCCGGAUGCAAAUGUCAGUACAUGCGAAAACGACAGGAAGAGCACGCUGCAGCAUCUUCUCCAGGCUAAAAGGAAUAUCACGUGGGUUGGUGCAAAGGGCCCGACCGAUGAACAUCAGGGGAAAGCGAGGACGUUAGAACUCACGGAGGACGACCUUCCCUUCACUGAUAAGUCCUUCUUCGUCGGAUGUAAAUCCGCAGCGACCGGUCAGCUCAAAUCUGCACCGGCCGCAGCGAAGACAUGCCGAAUCGAUGUCAGCGUGCUGGCGCGUUCGUCCAAAGUUGAGGAAAACGUGGUGACAUAUGCCUACGGCGCAGAGAGCAAUCCGCGCCCCUUGGAAGUGGAGCUGACGAGCCGAAACAACACGGUGGUCGUGGCCUGUGGCGCCGACGGCUCCAUCGCCCCUCCCUCGUACAACACGCACUACUGCGACGACACUUUGCAGUCGUGCGACAAGAGCUACACAGACAUUUUCCCCAAGUUCGACAGCACCUGGUGGAGUGGCGAGGCGGGCAAAGACGACGCGCCUGUGAAGCUGACCAUCCAGAAGGAGAGCUUUCCAGUUGAGGACCAGCGAUUUUACGUUGGCUGCUCACCGAAGAAAAACGGAGAUGGCUCGAGUGGGGGUUCACGCGCCGACGCAGGUCCGGAGACUCAGGCUCCUGCAGCUUCGCCCACGCGCUGCAAAGUGAUGUUCACAGUGAGGGCCGCGGCCGCUAGUUCUUCUGUGUCCUCGAUUGUGGGGGAUGUUGUUGCGGCUGCUGGUACUUCAGCAGUUGAUGCUCCCGCUGUUGUCUUGUUUCGAUUGCUUUAA